UACCGACUUAAUCGGAAUCAUUCAUUCGAAAUGGACAUUUUGUGGCACGCCGCAAUAAAUUUUUUCGUUUCAAAAUCAAAAAAAAAUGGAUUCAAAUAAAGAUAAUAAUGGUGAUGGUAAGGAUAAUAAAAUAAUUCGUGAAGGUAAAGCUCGUAUAAAUUGUCAAAAACAAGUAUUCUAUAAUGUAGUUCAAGAAUUUAAUCGUGAUCUUAGUGUUUUAGCUGUUCAUACGUAUCUGAAGCAUCAACUUUGGAAUUAUUCAUUAUCAGUGCCAAAAAAUUAUGUUAAAGAUCGUGUAUCGAUUUUGGAUGCACUUUCAGCUACUGGAUUAAGAUCGAUUAGAUAUUCAUUAGAAUGCAAACAAUGUUCAUUACCGAUCGAUAUUAUUGCCAAUGAUAUUUCGGAAGAUGCAAUCGAUUUAAUCGAAUCGAAUAUUCAACUAAACGAUGUUUAUAAUGUUAUCGUUACGAAUGAAGAUGCUAGUAUGUUGAUGCACAAGAAAAAAGCUUUAAACGAACGAAUUACAAUCAUCGAUCUGGAUCCAUAUGGAAGUCCAACACAAUUUCUUGAUUCAGCUAUUCAGAAUAUUGUCGAUGGUGGUUUAUUAAUGGUUACUUCAACUGAUAUGGCCGUCCUAUGUGGUAAUCAUGGUAAUGCAUGUUUUGCUAAAUAUGGUUCAUAUCCAUUACGGGCAAAAUUUUGUCAUGAAAUGGCCUUACGAAUUAUUUGUGCAUCAGUUAAUUCACAUGCAGCACGUUAUGGACGACAUGCUAUUCCAUUGCUUUCAUUGAGCAUAGAUUUUUAUGCUCGUAUAUUUUUUCGUGUAUUUACUUCGAAAAAAGAAGCACAACAAUCAAUGAAAAAAAUGUCAUACAUUUAUCUAUGUAAAGGUUGUGAAUCAUUUCAUCUUCAACCACUUUGUGAGAUGAAAGAUGGUAAUGAAAAAAAUUUGAUUCCAGCAACAGUUGAAUGUGAUAAAAUAUGUUCGAUUUGUGGCCAUACUUAUCGAAUCGGUGGUCCAAUUUGGUCAUCAUCUAUUCAUGAUAAAGAUUUUGUACAUCAACUUCAAAAUGAAUUAGAAACAUUACAAAAUUCUGGUGACAAUCAAUUCGGUACAUAUCGUCGUAUAGAAGGAAUGUUACAAUUAGUUUCCGAAGAAUUGGAUGAUUGUCCAUUAUAUUAUCAUUUAGAUCGUCUUUGUUCAAUUGUUUGUUGUCCAAUGCCAUCGAUGAAAACAUUUCGUUCAAUAUUAAUCAAUGGUGGUUAUCAAUUUUCAUUAUCACAUGCAUUCAAAAAUACAAUGAAAACUAAUGCACCAAACGAAUUUAUAUGGGCAAUGAUUAAACAUGUUGCAAAAAAAUCCGAAUCCUCUCAUAAAUCAAAACGUAUACCAUCACAUAUACAAAAUAUAUUGGAUAAAAAUUUUCCCUAUACAAUCAAUGAUACAUUAGUACAAGAAGAACCAUUAUCAAAAUCAAAAAAUUUAUUACGUUAUCAAUUGAAUCCGGAACAAUAUUGGGGACCUAAAUCAAGACCAGGGAAAAUGGUAAAAAAUGAUGCAAAAAGAACAAACAUUGAUGAUGAUGAUGAUAAUGAUGAAAUUUGUUUGAAUAAAUCAAUGAAAACUGUUUAAAAUUUAAAACUUUUAUUUUCGAUAUCGAAUUAAUAAGGAAAAAAUACCGAAUCUUUGGUUUUAGUGUGUAUGUAUGUGUAUGUCUAU